GUCCCUUCUCUCUAUCAUGUCCUUUUUUUCUGUUCAACCUCAAGCUUUCAACAAUAAGCCCGAAACAGGCAGUGUUGUCAAUGCUGUUUCUGAAACCACACCCAGAUUGUUUACACCUAUUACUUGUAAAUCAGUCACAUUUCAUAACCGUAUUGUCGUUCCUCCUAUGUGUAUGUACAGUGCUACAGAUGGCUUUAUGAACGAUUUUCAUGUCAGCCAUUACGGUUCUUUUGCUAUGAAAGGCGCUGGCUUGAUCAUCAUUGAGGCUACUGCUGUUGAGCCUCGAGGCCGUAUCUCGAAUCAUGAUUUAGGUCUUUGGUCUGACCAGCACAUUGAGCCUUUGAAACGUGUUGUUGAAUUCAUCAAAUCACAAGGUUCUGUUCCUGGUAUUCAAAUUGCUCAUGCAGGUCGUAAAGCCAACAUGGCCUCGCCCUUCAAUGGGUACAAACUAAUCUCUGAAGAAGAAGGCGGUUGGCCAAACGAUGUAGUGGGUCCUUCUGAUCUUCCUUUCGAUAGACAAUAUGCUCAGCCCAAGGCUUUGACAAUUCAUGAAAUGAAAGAAAUCACACAGAAAUGGGUUGAAGCUGCUAUCCGUGCUGAUAAGGCAGGUAUACAAGUCCUCGAAAUUCAUAGUGCACAUGGCUACUUGUUGCAUAACUUUUUAUCAGGAAAUUCAAACAAACGUACAGAUGCUUAUGGUGGUUCCUUAGAAAACCGUUUACGGUAUCCUUUAGAAGUUGUAAAGGCUGUUCGUGAUGUUUGGCCUCAAGAUAAACCUCUUUGGGUUCGUUUCUCUGGUACUGACUUUAAGAACCCCAAUGCAUUAGGUCAUGAUCAAGAUGGCUGGGAUAUCCAUCAAUCCGUUGCUUAUGCUAAGGCUUUAAAAGAAAUCGGUGUUGAUGUCAUGGAUGUGUCAGCUGGCGGUAAUCUUCCGAUCACUUAUUCUGUGGGUCCUCUUUACCAAGUUCCUCUUGCAGACACCAUCAAAAAACAAGUUAAUAUUAGCACCGGUGCUGUAGGCUUAAUUACCGAACCCAAGCAAGCAGAAGAUAUCUUACAAGAAGGUAAAGCCGACUAUAUCUUGAUUGGCCGUGAAUACUUGCGUAAUUCUGCUUGGGCUUAUCGUGCUGCUCAAGAAUUUGGUGUUGAUGUCAAAUGGAACAACCAAUAUGCCCGUGCUAAGCGUAUACCCAAGCUUUAACUAAUAUAGAAAAUAA